AUGCCGGCGAAAGUUUUGGGAGUGCACAAAGUCAACGGUUUGAUUGUGGAAAUCAUCACGAAUACUAUGGCAAAGGAUGCACUAUCUGUUCCAAACACAGCUCCCUUUGACAUUGAAUUGUCUUUUAUCGGCUCUCAUGGCCAUGAGCUAGAGGCUGUUGAUUCUCUUGACUUCAGCGCUCGAAUUCUUUCAGAGAAGGCCUUAGGUGUACGUAUCGACCCCACCAUUACUGGCACUCACCUAUAUUCUCCUCUUGUCUUAGACCCUCAACCAGAGAAGGCCCUAGGUGUACGUAUCGACUCCACCAUUACUGGCACUCACCUAUAUUCUCCUCUUGUCUUAGACCCUCAACCAGAG